GCGACCCGGGUUUAAGCUCGGGCCGGCGUCGGGUUUAAGAGCGGCCGGCCGCCGGCGGGGAAUCGAGUUCGCAGAUGGAGAUGCUCAAGGGCCUGCUGCAGCCUCGGCCGACGCCGCGGCAGCAGCUGCGCAAGUGGCAGGGCCGCCUCAGCAACGAGCGCCUCGGCCUCGACCGCCGCGUCCAAGAGGUGCGGAGGGAGGAGAAGAAGGUGGAGAAGGCCAUCAGGGAGGCCGCGAAGCGCAACGACAUGGUCUCUGCCAAGAUUCUUGCUAAGGAAUUGGUGAGAUCAAGACGUACUGUGAACCGCCUUUAUGAAAACAAGGCUCAAAUAAGUUCAGUGUCCAUGCGGCUUGGAGAAAUUAUUGGAAUUGAAAGAACUGCUAAUUGUCUGUCAAAGAGUGCUGAAGUUAUGAAAAUUGUUAACGAUCUAAUGAAAGCUCCAGAACUGGCUCAUACAAUGCAGAAAUUAAGCAAAGAAAUGUUGAAGGCGGAGGUGAUGGAACAUGUGGUCAAUGAAACAGUUGAUUCAGCUUUAGAUUUUGAGGAUAUAGAAUACGAAAUUGAAGAGGAGGUUGACAAGGUUCUUGCGGCACUAGGAGCUGAGACUGCCUCACUGCUUCCAGUUCUAGCAGCUCAGAGGAUAAAGAAAGAUUCAAAGAGCAGUGUUCCAGGACAGCAACAAACUGUCGAUGAGGGUAUCGAGGAUGAUCAGGAAGAUCUAGAAGAGAAGAGAAGAGAGCAAGUUUUUGCAAAAGUGAGGUCAUGAAAAUGACCAUGCAACCUUCUAACCCAAAGAAUUCAAUACUUGAGAAGUUAAGAUGUUAACACAAGAAUUCAAUACUUGAGAAGUUAAGAUGUUAACACAACCUCGUAUGAUUACAUGCAUCAGAUUAUGACAAUUACUAACUACUAAAUACUAAUUGAUGCUUGAUGUGUGGAUCCAGCAGCUAUUGUAAAGCAUUUUGAUGUGGCAUGUGCGGAUCUUGA